AUGACUCAAAUGGAAUACUGUACCGUAUUCCGUCAGUACAAUUGUUCUGUUGCUUUCAAUGAAUUGACGAAUGUGGAAAAACACUAUGCCCAUUACUUAUCGAAAGCGUCAUGGGAAGGCAGCUUAAUAGUCUUCUUGCAGACUUCACCCGAAUCGCCAAUUAUUUUCCUUCUAUUUCAAAGUCUCUAUUCUGCACAAACCGUUGAUGAAUUGAAAGCAGCUUGCCAAUCGAUUCCUAAUGGACCAUCUGACGCUGAAUUUCAUGCUUUGCUGAUUUAUAGUGCUGCUUUCUAUUCAAAUAUGGGUAAUUAUAAAUCCUUUGGAGAUACCAAAUUUAUUCCUGGUAUUCCUCAGGAAAAAUUGGAGGUCAUUAUUCAAGCCAGUAAAGCCUACCAACAGCAAGCCGAGCGCAUGAAAAAGUUGUGGAAUCUAUGUAAAGAUCGGAUGUAUUCCAUUCAGAGUCGUGUUUUAGAAUUAGGUUUAGGCAAACAGGGACUUAGUACCUACUACUCGAGUAACUGCAGUGUGAAAGAUGCAGAAUUUAUCAAAGAUUUCAUGCAAGAAAUGGAUAUAUCUCCCUACAAUACAAGGUUAUUCAAAUACGAAAAUGGUUCUAAAGUACAAUAUGAGUUAAAGAUUGCAUCAGCUGAAAAAUCUGAAGAAGCAUAUCGAGAUAGCCAAGGUAGAGAAGAUACCAUGGCAAAGCUGUUAGGAAAGCACACUUACAAAGGAUGCGAAAUACUAAUUACUCGAGGAGAUUAUGCGCCGUUAAUGAAAAGAUUAGUAAAAAACCUACAAGCUGCCAAGAAUUAUGCUUCCAAUAACAAUGAGAUAUCGAUGUUAGAGGAAUAUUCCCAUAGCUUCACAACUGGAAGUAUAGAAUCUCACAAAAACGGUUCCCGAUUUUGGAUUAAAAAUAAAGGCCCAAUUAUCGAAGUUUAUAUUGGUUUCAUUGAGACUUAUCGUGAUCCAUAUGGUAUUCGUGGAGAAUUUGAAGGAUUCGUUGCCGUGGUUAACAAGCCCAUGAGUAUUAAGUUCUCGGAAUUGGUGAACUCUGCUGAAACUUUACUCGAUGAACUACCGUGGCCAAAGACAUUUGAGAAAGAUACUUUUUUAAAGCCUGAUUUUACUUCAUUGGAUAUCGUUGGCUUUUCUGGCAGUGGUAUUCCAGCUGGGAUCAAUAUCCCAAACUAUGAUGACAUUCGUCAGACAGAAGGAUUUAAAAAUGUAUCACUAGGCAAUGUCCUAUCAUCGUAUGGGAGCAAUAAGGCAGUCACUUUCUUGUCAGAAAAGGAUCAGGAACUAUACAAAGAAUUGAAAGGCCCUGCAUUUGAGGUUCAGGUCGGCUUGCAUGAGUUACUAGGUCACGGAAGUGGUAAAUUAUUUUCUCAGCUCGAAGAUGGGUCAUUUGAUUUUGACUGUGAUAUCCUAAAUCCUCUAACUGGGGAGAAGGUUGAAAAGUGGUAUAAACCCGGUGAAACUUAUGAUUCUAAAUUUGUAUCAUUGAGUUCUUCUUACGAAGAGUGUCGCGCUGAAUGCGUAGGAUUAUAUCUCUGUCUCUUAGAUAAAGUACUAAGAAUAUUUGGUCAUGAAGGAGAAGCUGCUGAAACUGUUAAAUAUGUUAAUUGGUUGCUUAUGGUACGCGGUGGACUUCUUGGAUUAGAAUUUUUUACUCCAGAAACAAACUCUUGGAAACAGGCGCACAUGCAGGCUCGAUUUGUUAUCACCCGCGUGUUAAUUGAUGCUGCAGUCGUGACUAUUUCAGAAAUGACUGGAGAAGAUGGUAAGCCUGAUUUGCUUAUUACCUUAAACAGAGACCGCAUAGCGACGGACGGUAAAGAUGCAAUAGGCAAAUUUUUAUGUAAAAUGCAGGUUUAUAAAGCGACUGGUGAUUACGAGGCUGCCAAGUCGAUGUAUGAGCAUUACUCAACAGUAGCUGAACAGCCGAACCUUCCAUUAAUAAAGUUCAGAAAUAUUGUUCUGAAUCGUAAACAGCCACGACCCAUGUUUGUUCAGUGUCAUACUUCAGUUAAUGGCGAAGAUGAAGUUGAUUUUACUGAAUAUGAAUCGAACGUAGAAGGAAUGAUCAAGUCUUUCGUCGAUAGAUUUCCCAGUUUUGAUGAAGAUUUGUUUGGUCUUUGGGAGAAAGAAAUCGCUAAUCAUGAUUACUGAGUGCUUAGUGAUUAAUGGAUAAUAUACUUUUCCUUUUAAAAUUAAAUUACCUUUAAAAAUGUUUCUAAGGGUGGUUGCAAUCGUGUUAUGCGCGUAAGGCGAAGUCAUUUAUGCAAAUAAAAAUCCUCUUUCAU